UUUACCUUGCACCUUCUACGUUAUAAAUCCAUAUUUUUUUUGCAUAUCUAGUAUUACCAAAAUUUGAAUCGAUUUUCGUGUUCAAAAUGGAAAAUUUUGCAUGGAGUAUUGCAAUAAUAAUGUGUACUUUACUGCUCAACAACAAUCCUCUUGCAGAUACCCACUUCAGAAUAUUUGGUGGAGAUGAGGCUAAUAUAGAGGACCACCCUUGGAUAGUUUCACUUUAUUUGGGUUCUAGACGCCUCUGUGGUGGGUCCCUGCUGAAUGAAGAUACGGUUCUUACAGCAGCUCACUGCUUUGGAUUCUCAUCCCGAUGGAGAUCAUACUCUAUCCUAGCAGGAACUGAUGAUAUAACUCAGUCAGGAACAAAAAUUCAAGUUAAAAAUGUGAAAUUACAUGAAAGGUACAUACCUUUGUUGGUUAUUAAUGAUAUAGCAAUUAUUAAGCUGGUUGAAAAAGUUGAGUUUUCCACGAAGAUUCAACCAGCAAAUUUGCCAAGCCAAGGUGACCAAUUACCAGUGGGAACAUCGCUUGUAGCUGCCGGUUGGGGAGCAUCUGAGAUAAAUGGGCCCCAAUCGGAUAUUCUCAAGUCAGCUGAAGUGAAAGUUCUUCCUCAGAAAACUUGCAAUCACCUAAAAAUAUUACGCAAAUGGGUUAUAUGUGCUGGAGAUAGAACAAACGGUGUUUAUAAGGGUGAUUCAGGAGGUCCUUUAGAACAUGAUGGUGUAGUAGUAGGUGUUGCAUCGUAUGUGACUCUAGAUUCUAACACUUACGGAGCAUUUACCAAUGUCGCCGAUUACCGUACAUGGAUCAAAAGAACAGCUGGUAUUUAAUUUGUCUAGAGUAAGAUUUUUUUGAAAAUAAAAUGAUGAGACUUGGUUGUUGUUAUAAAAUACGUAUGUAAAUAUUGUUCGUUUCUCAUUUCUCAAUAAAUUUUGAUUAAACAGAAA